GCUGUGCUGCUGUUUGCUGCUCUGCGACCGACUCAACUUCCGAAUCACCUUACUUCCAUUUGAUACCGAUACUUUUAUUGCAGAAAUGGCCAAUAAAGAAAUCGACGUCGACGUUUUGGUCAUCGGCGCUGGCCCUACAGGUUUGGGUGCUGCCAAACGCCUCCAGCAACUGAAUAGUGCAUCCUGGCUUAUCGUCGACUCCAUCGAAACCCCGGGAGGUCUUGCAUCGACUGACAUCACCCCCGAAGGCUUCCUCUUCGACGUCGGCGGACACGUCAUCUUCUCGCACUACAAGUACUUCGACGACUGCCUGAACGAAGCCCUGCCCAACGCGUCAGACUGGUACGAGCACCAGCGCGUCUCGUACGUCCGCUAUCAAGACCGCUGGGUGCCCUACCCGUUCCAGAACAACAUUGCCGUCCUGGACAAGGAAGAGCAGGCCAAGUGCCUGCUCAGUCUGAUCGAUGCGACGGUGGAAGCACGCGCUCGUGCGACAACAGACAAGCCCCAGAACUUUGAUGAGUGGAAUCGGCGCAAUGUCGGGGAGAGAUUGAAUGAGAUUUUCAUGAGGCCGUAUAACUUUAAGGUGUGGGCUGUGCCGCCUUCGAGGAUGAACGCCACUUGGCUUGGAGAGCGAGUUGCCGCGCCGAAUCUGAAGCUGUUGACCAGCAAUGUCGUUCUCAACAAGGUCGCUGGCAACUGGGGGCCGAAUGCGACGUUUAAAUUCCCUGCGCAUGGUGGCACUGGUGGUAUCUGGAUUGCCGUGGCCAAUACGCUGGCCAAGGAUAAGACGCGCUUUGGCUCGCAUGGGUCUGUGACCAGGGUGGAUGCUGAUAAUAAGAAGGUCUAUCUCAAGGAUGGCACGGUGGUCAACUAUGGCUCCCUCGUCUCCACGAUGGCAGUCGAUCAUCUCGCCCAGUCGAUGGGCGAUACCAAACUGCAGCAGAUGUGCAAACCGCUCUUCUACUCUUCCACAAAUGUGAUCGGAAUUGGCAUUCGCGGAGAGCGUCCAGAGCGCAUCGGCGACAAGUGCUGGCUCUACUUCCCCGAAGACAACUGCCCUUUCUACCGCGCAACCAUCUUCUCCAACUACUCCCCCUUCAAUCAGCCAAACGAGACAGCCAAAAUUCCCACCAAGCAGCUCGCCAACGGCCAAAAGCCCGCAUCAUCAGCUGCCCAGCCAGGCCCGUACUGGUCGAUCAUGCUCGAGGUGUCAGAGUCUUCCCACAAGCCCGUCAACCAAGACACCCUCCUCGCCGAUAGCAUUCAAGGCCUGAUCAACACCGAGCUAUUAAAGCCAGAAGACGAGAUCGUCAGCACCUACGUCCGUCGCUUUGACCACGGCUAUCCCACACCUAGUAUCGAGCGUAACGGUGCAUUGACUGAGAUCCUGCCGUAUCUCCAGGAGAAGGAUAUCCUGUCUCGAGGACGGUUUGGGUCGUGGAAGUAUGAAGUUGGGAAUCAGGACCACAGUUUCAUGCUGGGCGUCGAGGCCGUUGAUAAUAUCAUCUCUGGUGGACUGGAGCUGACUCUGUCCAACCCGGACUUUGUCAACAGUCGAGCCAAUACUGAGCGUCGCUUGAAGACUUUCAAGGGUGUUCGCAGAUAAGCUAUCAUUGAUAGAGAAUACAGGAGAUUGAAGGUGGUCACUUCAGUAGACUAGAUUAUAUAAAUAAAGGCUAUUCCUCAAACU